AUGUCGUCCCUUCCUGCGGUGGAGUACUUCUGCCUCUACGUCACCACCGCUAUUUUGUUUGACUUCUUCCUCCAGGCCUGCGUGGACAAAUGGAGAUGGCCUUGGAGGUCCGUUUCAGGGGCUAGCAGAGUCGUGAUCCCAUUUGUCGGCCCCCUUGGCAGCCGCUGGUUGACACAAGAGUGUCUUCUUGCUUUCACUCAUCAUCCCCGUUCCAGCGGCGGUCGCGGCGGCCGCUCAGGCGGAUCCGGAGGAGUGGAGGAGAGCAAGGGAAGCAGCAGUGGAGGCGCCGAUGGCGGCGGUGGCGGGGACUAUAAGUUCCCGGGCCGGUGCUUUAGGUGUGGACAUCGUGGACAUCAAGCGAUCGGCUGCACUACCAACGAGAAGGACUUCGUGCCGUGGUGUGCGCGCAGCGAGGGGUGCGGCCACACCAAAGAAAAGUGCGCGACGGAGGAGGCCGUCCUAGCGCAAGUGGUGGAGCAUGAGAGCGACGUGGACUCCGUGGAAGACCAGGCGUUUUGUGCCGUGGCAGUCCCCCCAGGCGAGUUUGGUACCGUUGGUGAAGUAGGUCUAGUGGGGGUUCUGGAGCAAGGCCAGGCGGUGUACGUGGCCGACACAUCGGCCACGUGCUCCAUGUUCCGAUGUGCAGACAACUUCGUGAACUACCGUGAGCGUAGCGGUUUGGUGAAGGGGAUCGGAGGCGACAAGGCCCCCGUUCCUCUUCUAGGAUACGGAGAUGUGACCUUAGUCCUACAGACGGAAGAUGGUGGAGUACCCGUCCCAGUACUGAAUGCUGCCCAUGUACCAGAGGCCCCCUACAACCUCCUCUCGCUGUCUUCGUUGGCGGAGGAGGGCCACACGUAAUCGGGGAUGAAGGGGGGCCUCACGCUGACCACGAAAGCCGGGGGGGAGGUGUGGUUCACCCGGACUGGAAAGCUGCUGACCCAACGAGGCUGUCACAUAAAGCCAACGCUACACACCGCCUGUGCCGCACUCGUUGUUCCUGGCGAUGAUGAAGCAGCCAAUCCCACUGACCUCAACGAGUACCACCUCGCGCACGGCCAUGCCCACGAGACAUUGCUCAGGAUCACGGCGGAGCAGCAGGGAGUGCAGCUGACGGAUGGAGCGCUGCUACCCUGUCUUGGCUGUUCGAUGUCCGAGGAACAGGUGAAACCCGUCCAGAAGAGCACGAGCACACACGCACUGCUACCUCUCGCAAAUGACGAGGAGGGCGGGGAGGGCGAGAGCAGAGCGGAUGCAUCACGCCAAGGUUGAGGUGGGAAAGAGAGACUCAGAGAGUGAGUCCGACCUCGACGUGAUGGAGGCUCGUGGGCCAGGGCAAGGUACGCCGUUUGUGCGCGAGGAGGCGCCGACGGCAUCCGGCAACGGGGUUCCGGGGGACGGAGGCAGCGUUCCCCCGUCGCCCCCUUCGGGAAGGGGCGACUUCGGCGAAGGCAGUAACAGUCCC